CAUCCCGAAAAAAGAAAGGGUUGGUCUUGGCAGGAACGACAGGGCAGCAGCAGUGGAACAUCACCUUGCUCGAUAGCCUGGAAGAUCUGAGCGUCGCAGAUCUACGCCGAAAAGGGUUCCCACCACGUGCGGGUCAACCAGUGGAAGUUCUCCCAAAACCUCCCUCCGAUCAAUAUAUUUGCAUCAACCCCGCACUGUUUCGAAGUCAACGUCUCAACAACCCUUCGGGACCGCAGACAUGCACUCGGACUCCCCUCGGGUCUUCGAUGACACCCUCUUGUGAAGAGAGACAACCUCUGAUUGGGGCUCUGACGCAUUGACGUCAAUGGCGGCUUGGAGAUAUCGACAUCUCGAGACAAAGCGCCAUUGUCGUGGGUGCGGCACUUUUUUCCGUCAUCAAAGACAAAAGAAAGACACACACACUGUUCGAGAAGCUCCGGAAGGGCUGACGGACACGAGACACGAGACAUUCCGCCAAAAUGCAAACGGUUGAGCUGAGACCCUCCGACCUUCGCCUUGCUGCAAGGAAUUUCGACCCCGUGAAUGCCAUGGCAAACAGAGGAAUACCACCCGAGUGGGUAAAGAGAGCAGAUCCUCAUUCUUGAGCCGAGCCGUGAGACUCGCAAGAAUGCCUGCGAUGCCGACGCCCGUCGGAUGCUCAGCUGUUGUCGUGGACGCACUGAUGGCCUCAGCUGGUUGGCCCACAUGGCUUGCAUGCUAUUAUGGAUACAUAGCGCCGGGUCAAAGCAAACAACGAUUGACGCCUCUAGCCAAAUUGGUGAUAUCAGUCCGUUUCAGUGGUCAUAGGUACCGCCGAGUGGCGUCCCGGCCCGCAUUGUGGUCCAAGCUGCUUCUCCUGACCCGACUCCUCUCCCCCCCUCGAUCGCUAUUUCCAAGCAAGCCCUACAUAUCUUGGCUGUCUCGUCCUGUUUCUUGGUCUGCUUUUCUCACUUUAUCACGAAUGUAAAACGAAUCAACGUCCGCCCGGGAACUGCUCCCUCUCCUCACUCCCUCUGCGGUCUCCGAGACUGCUCACCGUCACCAUGCCGUUCAAGGUUCCAGUAUGGCUUGACUGGUACAAGAAGCCCGAGUACCGGGACAUCAAAGAAUAUUCGGCACACGUCAAUGCAGGCGAGCGCCCUCAGAGCCCGACUCCGGCUGCCAUUCCAAGCCGCCUGAGGCUCGACCGCAUUCUCGCAAACAAGACAUGCAGUCCGAUGUCCCUUUAUGACUUUUACAUGUACCUCAAGUACAUUGAGUUCUCGGCCGAGAACCUCGAGUUCUACAUCUGGUACAAAAACUACGAAGCAUCCUACGAAAAGGGUCUCACGCCAGUUCACACGAAGGAAUAUGGGGCUAUUCCCAGCGCAGCAGAGUCGACUUCAUCCAUUGUCAAGGAAAGCCAGGCAGCCAGUUCAUGCAGUACCAAAGAUCCAGAAAACGGCGAUGAUGAGGACGCAGACCCCGAGAAGACGCUUCACCGCAUCUCCCAGCUCAUCGUUGCCAGCGCCAUGUGCAAUUCCCGCUCGUGCUCACCCGCCGCCCUUCAACUCACCCCCGACCAGUCCAAUGGCAAAUCCAUCCAGAUCACCUCCUGCACCUCCGACUCUGCUCCAGCCACCAUGAAGCUCAUGAACUCCGACGGCCAGGUCAGCCGCCACGAACUCGACACCAUCAUUCAUCUCUUUCUUAUGCCCUCCGGCGAGAAGGAGCUCAACAUCCCCGCCGCUCUUCGAGCCCAGACUCUUGCCGACUUGCAGAAGUCGACUCACCCCUCCGCACUCAAACCAGUUGCCGACCAUGUCUACGGCCUCAUGCACAACUGCUCCCACCGCAACUUUGUCCGCCUAGGAGUAGGCAAUGGGACAUUCGAGACAGUCUGCGUGGCAACCAUGCUGGGCAUUGCGAAUCUCAUUGCCGGCUAUGUCGUCGUCAUGUGCCGCGCCUUUGUCCCCUACCGGGGCUCCCACACCCGAUGGGAGGCCUGGGCGGCGUGGCCCAACUGGUGGCUUGGUGUCUCGCUCAUUCUUGCUGGCCUGCGAGGCAGCUGCUUUUUCCUUUUGUUGUUUUCCAAGAGGCAGAGGCUGCCGUGGGAGAGAUUUGAUGACAACACGGACAGCGUUUUGAGGAACGAGGGAGGCUUCUUGAAGUCGGUGUCGAGGUUGAUGAUUUUCGAUAGGAGGCUGCGGGUCAAGGAAAAGUAUCUGAGGAGGCUGCAGAGAAAAAUUGUGUUGCAGAGCUUGGUGGGAGGGGCGAUCUUUGCGACGAUUUGGGUGGCUGUUUUUAUAUUCUUGCCGGUUUGGAAGGAGACGGUUUGAUGAUACCCAUUGCUGUUAUUGUUGUUCUUGUAAUGUUGGUUUAUUUGUGGGGGAUUUUGAGAGUUGGUGAUGACUGAUGAUGCUUUGGUAGAGAGAUGUAUCUGCUCGCUGAGGAAGGGGGUUGUACACAUACAGAUUAUACAGUGAGGCUUUUUGGAUAAGCGCCAGCUGGGUCGAUCGACAUAAAACAAACAUAAUUCUCUUUCGUCUCUAACAUCUUAUUCAUCUCUGAUAUUGUAUACUUCUG